AUGGACAAGGGUGUCUGCCUGCUGCUGAGCAAGGGACAUUCUGGUUAGAGACCCAGGAGAACUGGAGAAGGAAAGGGCAGAUCUGUUCUGGGUUGCACUGUGAAUGCCAAUCUGAGUGUUCUCCAUUUGCUUAUUGUGAAGGAUGUUCCCGGACUGACUGACACCACGAUGCAUCAAUGCCCAGGGCCCAAAAGAGCUGGCAGAAUCCACAAACUUCUCAAUGUCUCCAAAGAUGCUGCCCAUCAGUAUGUUGUGAGAAAGCCUGGAAACAAAGCGAGAAGCCCAAGACCAGCACCCAGGAGUCAGUGGCUUGUUACUGCACACGUCCUACAACACAAACGUGGGCGUGCUGCUCUGAAGAAACAGCGUACUAAGAAAAACAAGCAAGAGGCUGCAGAUGUUGCUAAACUUUUGGCCAAGAGAAUGAAGGAGGUAAAGAAAAAAAAAUGCAAGAAACAGAUUGCCAAGAAACAGAGGCUGUCCUCUCUGAGAGCUUCUACCUCUAAGUUUGAGUCCAGUCAAAAAAGAAGGUUUUCCAAGACAUGCGAGUUGGGGAGAGUAGAGAAACCUGACAAACACUCCCUCAGCCAGGUGGUCAAAGUCAAGGUCAACAGUGGAAAAAAAUGGAAAGGCCUGAGUCUGGACGGACCGCAGGGCGGAAGCCCGGGGAGCAGGGUCGCUCCUCCGCCCCAUCUCCGGCCUCCGCGGCGGGGGGCUGCGUCCCGACACCCACGUGGGAAAAAGAGGCAGGGGCUUGACUGCCCCGCUCUCCGCGACGGGAAGGGACGUUCAGCUCCAGCCACCCUUCCGUCGCAUUCGAGAGACCUCCCGGACUUGGCUGGGCGCCGGAACCCGAGACGCUUCUACCCCUCAACAGCCUGCGGGGAGCGAGCGUCGGAACACUGCCUGGCAAGACUGAGCAUGCGUGGAACGCGCCAGGCGUCCCGUCCAGAGAGGUUAGAGGUCGCGGGGAAUGCCCAGGGUCGGCAUGCCAGAGGCCUCCGCUGGCAUCGUGGCUCCACGGGCUGUUGGGGCGGCACUGGUCACGUGUGCGGCUCCCGGUGA